CGAACCUUAACCCAAACCCAUAUCCGAAACAGAACCUAAAAACCUGUAUUAUUAAUUCAGUUAGUGUCUGUCACAUGUGAGUUUAACUGCAAAUGCUCAUCAAACCAGAGAAACUAGCGUUCUCCAUUUGCCGCCAAAUUUCUCAAUUCAAACCUAGACAAUUCGAGGAAGCACGACGCGGAUGCGGCGAUCUCGAGAGGGACUUUAUAUUCCUGUUGAAAAAAUGCAUCUCCGUCAAUCAAUUGCGAGAGAUUCAAACCCAGAUGACGCUUCACUCCGUCGAGAAACCCAAUUUCUUGAUCCCCAAGGCCGUCGAGCUUGGGGACUUGAGUUACGCUUCUUUUCUCUUUUCCGUCACGGAAGAACCCAACAACUACUCUUUCAAUUACAUGAUCCGAGGCUUGACCAACACUUGGCAUGAUCACGGAGCUGCUCUGUCUCUGUAUCGCCGCAUGAGGCUUUCUGGGUUAAAGCCUGAUAAUUUCACUUAUAAUUUCGUUUUCAUCGCUUGUGGGAAGCUUGAGGAGAUAGGGGUUGGUAGAUCUGUUCAUUCGUCGUUGUUUAAAGUCGGGUUUGAAAGAGACGUUCAUAUAAAUCAUUCUUUGAUUAUCAUGUAUGCCAAAUGUGGUUUAGUGGGUUAUGCCCGGAAGGUGUUCGAUGAAAUUACUGAGAGGGUUACGGUGUCUUGGAACUCGAUGAUAUCUGGGUAUUCUGAGGCGGGACAUGCUAAAGACGCUAUGGAUUUGUUUAGGAAGAUGGAGGAGGAAGGAUUUGAACCAGAUGAGAGGACGUUGGUGAGUGUGUUGGGUGCUUGUGCGCAUUUAGGGGAUUUGAGAACUGGUAGAUUGCUGGAGGAGAUGACCAUCACCAAGAAGAUCGGGUUAAGCACGUUUCUUGGAUCUAAGUUGAUCAGUAUGUAUGGAAAAUGCGGCGAUUUGGAUUCUGCCAGAAGGGUUUUCAAUCAAAUGGUUAACAAGGAUCGUGUUGCUUGGAAUGCUAUGAUCACUGUAUACUCACAAAAUGGGAAGUCAAGUGAAGCUUUUAAACUGUUUGAUGAGAUGGAAAAAAACGGAGUUUCCCCAGACGCGGGCACGUUGUCUACAGUUUUGUCUGCUUGUGGUUCAGUUGGAGCUCUUGAAUUAGGCAAACGAAUUGAGACCUACGCUUCAGAAGUUGCCUUGCAACAUAACAUCUAUGUGGCUACAGGACUAGUCGACAUGUACGGGAAGUGUGGACACAUAGAGGAAGCUCUGAGAGUAUUUGAAGCCAUGCCAGUGAAAAACGAAGCCACUUGGAACGCUAUGAUAAGCGCUUAUGCUCACCGAGGACACGCUGAAGAAGCUCUUUUGCUGUUUGAUAGAAUGUCAGUUCCUCCAAGUGAUGUUACAUUCAUAGGAGUGCUCUCUGCUUGUGUGCACGCGGGUUUGGUCGAUCAGGGCUGUCGAUAUUUCCAUCAGAUGAGUUCUGUGUUCGGGUUGGUCCCAAAGAUCGAGCAUUACACAAACAUAAUCGAUCUCCUGUCUCGUGCGGGGCUUUUAGAAGAGGCUUGGGAGUUCAUGGAGAGGUUUCCUGGGAAGCCUGAUGAGAUCAUGUUAGCAGCGAUCCUUGGAGCAUGUCAUAAGAGAAAAGAUGUUACAGUGAGAGAGAAGGCGAUGAGGAUGUUGAUGGAGAUGAAGGAGGCGAAAAACGCAGGAAACUAUGUAAUAUCUUCAAAGGUAUUUGCUGAUAUGAAGAUGUGGGAUGAGUCUGCGAAGAUGAGGGCGUUGAUGAGAGACAGAGGCGUCGUUAAGACACCUGGAUGCAGCUGGAUUACGAUCGACGGUGAGAUAACGGAGUUUCUUGCCGGAAGCGAUUAUUUACAGUGUGACAGGGAAGAUUUCGGUUCGUUGUUUGGUUUGUUAGUGGAGGAGAUGAAAAGGGAAAGGUAUGAUUUUGCAGGAGAAGUUUGAUUUUUGUUGUUCCAUAUAAUUUAAUGUGUAUGGAAAAAGUCACGUAACUCUUCUCUGACUCUUUCCAAGUGGAGGAAAGAGAGUUGUAGCUCCGUGAAGACCGAAAAGAACAUGAACCGAGAAAAGCUUCGUAUGAUGCUUAUGUAACGUGUGGACUAGACGAUGGGUGUGCUUGGUGUUGUCCUUAGUAAAUAACAUAAGAUGAUUUUAAAUGCUUAUAUUCGGAUUACAACAAUC